UCUGAGGCCAAGCAUCGGAGGGAAUUGAAAGAUUAGUGAGUCUCUCUCUCUUUCUCUCCAUCUCUCUCUCGCACACUCUCUCUCUCCAUCUCUCCCUCUCUCUCUCUGCUGGAGGACAGACCGUAGCGGAAGCGUUGGAUCGGCUGGUUGUUGCGGUCUGCCCGGGUAUCCUCUCCUCUCCCUCGGUGCGCUCUGCUCCUGUGCGCUCCCGGACGCGGAGGAAUUGUGUGGAGCAUCAAGAUGGGGUCAUCUUCAUCAUCAACUUCAGCAGCAUCAGCACAACACUUUACUUUCUUCUCUGCUGCGCCGGAUCACGAGGAGAGCGCGCUAAAAUAAAACUCUGUGGCUUUUUCUCUCUCGACGAUUUCUAUUCCCGGAAACUUUUAAUUGUUUUACCCCCUGAAUUAUUUAUCUCAAAGCUUGCGGAAUGGAGAUCCCAACUUUCCUGCUGGCGACUAUUGCUGUGCUCUUCGUUGGAGGGGAUCUUUUCACCUGGGCCAUGCUGAGUGACAUUGGGGACUAUGUAGGUUCAGACAUUGAAAUAUCCUGGUUACCUAAUCUGGAUGAAUUAAUGAAGGGCUAUGCCAGAAAUUUUCGCCCUGGGAUAGGAGGUCCACCAGUCAACGUGGCCAUGGCCAUCGAAGUGGCCAGCAUCGACCACAUCUCCGAAGCCAACAUGGAUUACACCAUGACCGUGUACCUGCGGCAGAGCUGGAAAGACGACCGCCUGUCCUACAAUCACACCAACAAGACGCUGGGUUUGGACAGUCGAUUUGUGGACAAGCUGUGGCUACCCGACACCUUCAUCGUCAACGCCAAAUCUGCUUGGUUCCACGAUGUCACGGUGGAGAACAAGCUGAUCCGCCUGCAGCCAAAUGGAGUCAUUCUAUACAGCAGCCGAAUCACUUCAACGGUGGCCUGUGACAUGGACCUGACCAAGUAUCCUAUGGAUGAACAGGAGUGUAUGCUGGACCUGGAAAGCUAUGGCUACUCCUCAGAGGACAUUGUGUACCACUGGUCGGACAGUCAGAAGCACAUCCACGGCCUGGACAAACUAGAGCUCUCCCAGUUCACCAUCACAGACUAUCGGUUUGUCACUGAGAUGAUGAACUUCAAAUCUGCGGGACGAUUUCCAAGGCUCAGCCUUCGCUUCGAGCUGAGGCGUAACCGAGGCGUCUACAUCAUCCAGUCAUACAUGCCAUCCAUAUUGCUGGUCGCCAUGUCCUGGGUGUCCUUUUGGAUCAGCCAAACAGCAGUCCCUGCUCGUGUGUCCUUGGGGAUUACGACUGUUCUCACUAUGACCACCCUGAUGGUAAGCGCCCGCUCCUCCCUUCCUAGAGCGUCGGCCAUCAAGGCAUUGGACGUCUACUUCUGGAUCUGUUACGUGUUUGUGUUCGCGGCACUCAUCGAGUACGCCUUCGCUCACUACAACGCUGACUAUAGACUCAAAGAGAAGGCCAAGGUGAAGGCCAACAAGCUAAGCUCCGAGUCCAUUGUGAAGAAUGGCAAACAGGCCAUGGUUCUGUUUUCCCUGUCGGUCACCGGAAUGAACCAGGGCGUGAUGAUUUCCAACCGCCACGGGCGGCCCAAGCGCUCCAGCAGUGAAAUCCCCAGGGAGGGCGGCAGAGAGGAGUCCGAGCCCAGGAGGAGAAGAUCCCGGCAGACGGAGGAGAGCACGGAGGACAAGAAGUGCUGUUCCAAGUGCGUCUGCAAGCCCAUUGAUGCCGACACCAUCGACAUCUACGCCAGGGCCGUGUUCCCUUUCACUUUCGCCGUGGUGAACGUGAUCUACUGGGUGGCGUACACCAUGUGAAGAGAAGGCUGCUGGUCCGUGCCAAUGGCUGCCAUCCAGGGCUGUAUAUAAGAAACUGCUGGAGUCUCGUCACUUCAAUGCUGGCAGACUGGUGCAGCCCAAAUAUACUGCAGGCCCCAGCUAAAAUAGUACACGGUCUCUGAAUAUGGAAAUACGGUAAUUAAUGGAACUAGUUCAGAGUAUAAAAAGUGUUAGCAGGACUAUAUAUAUUUAAAUACAAACAGAAAUGUGCUGUAUAAAGGCAAAGGACUGUAUUGCUUGCACAGUUACAGUUUAGCCUAUUUCCACACGUCAUCCUGUUAUAAGAACGAAGCACAGGACUAAACAUCUACCUGCAGUACUGACCACAAGCUCACAUCUCGCCAACACCAAAUAGCUCAACAAACUCAAAGUAACAAUCUGGAGUGAACCGCCUGUUAUCUUGAGAAAAAAAGAAGCAAAAGCGCCGCCCAAACUAGAGAUGAGGUGUACUACUAUCCUGCAUGGCUGAUAACUCACUCACCCUCUUCCCGCGCCAUCGCCACCCCCUCUCUUCCUCUCUCUUCUUCGGUCCUCCACCCAUUUUGUUUUCAAUUCAUUUUUCGUACAGGACACCGUCUGCGGGGUCUUAUCUCCUUCUGCCAGUUCUGCCUGUUUCCUCGCCAUUAAAGUACUUCCUUCACUACA